UUGUGAGUCUUGGAUCAGUCUUUCUAAAGCUACAAACUAAAGAAGAUAGAGGUAGAGGGUUUUUAGUUUUUUUUGUUCUUCAUUCUUUGUUUUUACCAAACUCAUACUAAUCUGAUCGAUGUGCUUUUGGGUGAUCUUUGGUGUGAUAAUUGAUCAUACAGUCCACUUGAUCAAUCGAUAGAUCGAAUUCUUCUUCCCAGUUUUUAUAUGUUCUGAAUCAGAAGAUCAUCACUUGGAAAAAGCCCACAGAAAAACAUGGAGAUCAAUAUUGAUUACACAAGUAAGCGGGCAAUAAACUCCUCUGGAGUGGAUCUGGAUGAUGAUCAUGCUAGCAUGGAAGACCCCAUCCUCCAUCAGAUUUCCUCCUACGAAUAUUCUUCUCUUUGGCCAAACUUGCCUCUCCCUCAUCAUCCACUACAUCAAAUACCAUCUUCAUCCACUGCUCCUCCUCCUCCUCCUCCUCCUAAUCAUCAUCAUCAUCAUCAUCAUCAAUCAAUCGCUGAUCAUCAUGAUCAUCAUGGUCAUCAAAUGCUACUACUAGCUGGCGGGAAUAAUAACAACAUUUUUGUGGAAUUAAAUGAGCAUGAAGAAGAUGAAGAGGCAGGUGAUGGUGGUGGUGGUGAGGAGGAGCUUGGAGCUAUGAAGGAAAUGAUGUACAAGAUCGCAGCUAUGCAACCGGUGGACAUCGAUCCGGCCACAAUCCGGAGGCCCAAAAGGAGAAACGUGAGAAUCAGCGACGACCCGCAAAGCGUGGCGGCGCGUCACCGGCGGGAGAGGAUAAGCGAGAAAAUCCGCAUCCUCCAAAGACUUGUUCCGGGGGGAACUAAAAUGGACACGGCUUCCAUGUUAGACGAAGCCAUUCGCUACGUCAAGUUCUUGAAGAGGCAAAUCCGGCUACUUCAAUCAUCUUCAUCCUCAUCGACGUCGUCAAAUAAUAAUCAUCAGCUGCAUGAUCAUAAUCCUCAAUCAGCAGCAGCUCAUGAUGAUCAUGAUCAUGGUCAAUGCAAUAUUAAUAUUAUUAAUAAUAUUAAUGGAUCAUCAUCAGUUGGUGCUAGAGGCGCAGGGUUGGCUUUGGAUUGGCCGCCGCAUAAUAUUAAUGUUAAUCAUAUUAACACAGCACAAACACCCAACAAUCAUCAUGCCGCAGCCGCCGCCGCCACCACCACCACCUCCUCCGCUAGAAACCCUCGUCACUAGACAACGGGGCG